UACAAAUUGUCGUCGUGACGUCAUGUGCAAUCGAUCAGAUCAGUUUUGGUCAAGGCCGGGGGUGGUGCAGUUAAAUAUGUGGCAUUCGCAAUAAUGUAUUCCUUUUAGUUGUAUCUAGGCUAUGUGUGUUAACACUGAUAAAUCUUUGUGGCUUCGGCUUAAAUGUAUUUAGGCCUAGCUCUACCUGUUUCCUGCUCAAGUCACAUGAUUGACUACACCGACCGUGCAGCAGGACUUCGUGGGAUCUGUCUGGCUAGUCGCUACGAAACGGGCGUGGAACACAAACGGGCCUGUCCUUAAAGCCGUUCGCUUGUCAAUGCCAGGGUAGCAGCCACAUUGAAUGAGGUUUCAGUCUCACAUGGGCAAGAUGGACAGAUCAUAACAAGACAUUACUUCAAAGGUGAGGUGUUUGACGGGGCCUCAGAGCUGCAACUGGACUGCCUCUGCAGUGGUGACGACCGCAGCAGUGCAGAAAUGAAGCAUGAGGGCAACCUCCUCCCCCUGGAACUACCCCACCAUGCAGGGUUUUCCAGCCCCCCCCAGAAAGGGCCUUCCUCACUAGCUGAGAAGAGCAGCCCGCUGCUCAUGGAGCCCAGCAACAUCAAGGCCGACCCCGCCGGCGACAUGCCUGCCAACACAGAGGGUCAGCCGGUGAAGAGGAAGAAGGGUCCAGCACCCAAGAUGCUGGGUAACGAGGUGUGCAGCGUGUGCGGGGACAAAGCCUCGGGCUUCCACUACAACGUGCUGAGCUGCGAGGGCUGCAAGGGCUUCUUCCGCCGCAGCGUCAUCAAGAGCGCCCAGUACUCGUGCAAGAACAACGGCCGCUGUGAGAUGGACAUGUACAUGCGCCGCAAGUGCCAGCAGUGCCGGCUGCGCAAGUGCCGUGAAGCGGGCAUGCUGGAGCAAUGCGUUCUCUCAGAGGAGCAGAUCCGAGUGAAGAAAAUGAAGAAGAACGAGGAAGAGACUGCACGCACGUCUGCCGUGGUGACCCCCACCCCGGUGCCGGAGGUGGUCCCGCUGGCGCCCGAGCAGCUGGAGAUGAUCGAGAAGCUGGUGGCCAUGCAGAAGCAGUGCAACAAGCGCUCGUUCAUCGACCGGCCCAAAGUCACGCCGUGGCCCCAGAGUCAGGACCCCCAGAACAGGGAGGCGCGGCAGCAGCGCUUUGCCCACUUCACCGAGCUGGCCAUCAUGUCGGUCCAGGAGAUAGUGGACUUUGCCAAGCAGUUGCCUGGCUUCCUAGAGCUCACCAGAGAGGACCAGAUUGCCCUGCUGAAGACCUCAACCAUUGAGAUCAUGCUGCUGGAAACAUCGCGGAGAUAUAACCCUGCCAUUGAGAGCAUCACGUUCCUGAAGGACUUCAGUUAUAACAAGGAGGAUUUUGCCAAAGCAGGGCUGCAGUUGGAGUUUAUCAACCCCAUCUUUGAGUUCUCCAAGGGCAUGAACGACCUGCACCUGGACGAGGCGGAGUACGCUCUGCUCAUCGCCAUCAACAUCUUCUCUGCAGGUCAGAGGUCAAGUGGUAUGCUAGUGUGGAACAGAGCCCAUAUGCAAGACCGGCCCAAUGUGCAGGACCAUGAACUGGUGGAGCGACUGCAGCAGCCGUACGUGGACGCACUUCGUUCUUACAUCAUGAUAAAGAGACCAAACGAUCACCUGAUGUUUCCACGCAUGCUCAUGAAGCUGGUCAGCCUCCGCACCCUCAGCAGCGUCCACUCUGAGCAGGUCUUCGCCCUACGCCUCCAGGACAAGAAGCUCCCGCCGCUGUUAUCUGAAAUCUGGGACGUCCACGAGUAACUUCGCCGACACCCUUGCGGAACUCUGCCGCGCUCCGCAAACCUGCGUACUGGGAUGGACAGAAACAGUGGGUUCGUCUUUCGAGUGUCGAAAAAAAGACUUGAGAAUGAAUCGAUGCCUCCCAGGAUACCCAAACACGACGGAUCAAACCUACUGAUCGGUUGCCAGAUUGGAGGAACUUUUUUUCUUCUGUAUCUUCGAUGCAGUUUGGGAGGAUAGUGAUGGCCCUCUGUCCUGCAGACUGGGAUACUAAUCUCAUGGGGAGGUUGGGGCAAAGAAAUAGAAUUACCAAUUAUAUUCAUUCUAUUUCUAUGGGUUGAGGAUUGUGCACACCUGAUUUCUCUCCCUCGCCCAUUUCGUUAUUAAAGGUGAGACAGGCUUGUGGUGAGAUUGUGCUGCCAUGGUCAGUGUGGCUCAGACUUGCUAGCCAGUGUUCACCAUUACAUCUACUGAUAUCUGUUGAUAGUCUCGUGAUCGGCCUAUCUAUAACGACAAUUACCAUGAAGGUUUUGGCAAUGCCCCCCCCCCCUCCACAUCAUGGAUGACAACCCCAAAGUGGAAAUAAACAAAGACGUUAUAGCCCCGUGUUGCAAUGGGAUAGGAUACAGAGGUAUCCUAACUGCUGGCCAAUGUUAAGCAAUGUGUCUUAUUGGUGUCCACUGUCCAGAUGUAUUUUAGAAUGGUAGGUCACCUGCUUGAUUAUUGUUGUGAUUUAGCAGUUUAAUAGUCAGCCAUCUGAUUUGUUCUCCUCUCGGUGAAGGAACAAGAAAGCAAUUCUGAUUGGUGUUGAAUUGUUUAAGGGAAAGUGAUUGGAAGUGUUGGUAUAGAGAUGCGUAGCCUACCACUUUCGAGUGCAGGACCCCCACCAACCAUUUUGUAAAUGCACUCAAACAUUGAUUUACAUGUACAAAGUAUAUAUUAAUAUGACAAAAUAUAUAUAUAUUUAGUAUGCCCACAAGUGAAGACAUCCAUACAAAAUGACUUGUACAAUCACUCACUUACGCACAAGCAAGCAGUGAAUUUUUAAAUUGUAUUUUUUUAAAGCAUCACUGUAUAUGUGAGGUCCAAGCUGAGGCCUUAUACACUGGAACAACUUCAAUGCUACGCUAGGGAGUAGUAAGCUUAGGCCAGGGAUAGGCUUCUUUGAUGCGGCUGGUGGCACAAAAAAACAGAACUCCACAUGCAGUGGGUCUGCGUACCCACAAUCUCCCCCGCCUACCUUGCGAGCAAAACAUUUUAGAGACACCGGUCGGUAAUUUGACCAUGCUUACUACAAGUUUAGAUAGCUGGCCGCUAGAGUAACUUAGCUGACAUGAGCUAAUUGACUGCUGAUGCACAACCAAAUUUCAAAAUUGCACAUAGAAUAUACAAACUCUGAACAGUAAGUUGAGACCCCGACAAAUUAGUCCGAGGGGUCCACCAGUUGUACAUCCCUGGUCUAGUUGUAUGUACUGUCCUCCCUUCUCCCAAAUUAGCAUGGUUCCAGACAUCUGAGUGGCAAUUUCAUCCAGAUGUCUAAAAUGUGCUUUGCAUCCCACAAUAGUUGGAAUAGCAAAAUAAGUUAAGUUGCGCUCCUGCAGUACUUUCUGCAACGUUAACAUUUUUGGGUUACACUAUAACUUUCAUGAAUAAACCAUUGUAAAUGUUUAGAAAUGCUUACAAAUAAUAAUGAAAAACUCAAUAGUUUUACACUAUUUAUAAAUGGUUGUUCGUGAAUGUUAUAAUAGUCUUACCCAUUUCUGAUUGCUAAUAAGGUCAUACGAUUUCACUCGACUAAGCUGUUACUCAUCAGUUUUUUCCCCAUGAUGCUGUUUCUAUCACAGUCCUUUGUAUGAUGAUGACUUUGCUAAUGUGACACUUUUGAAAACAAACGUUCAGAAGGAAUUAGAGAAGGAAAGCUUCUUUUAAAAAAAAUGCGAUUUCUGAUCGACAAGACAGUUUUGUCCAUUACUGACCCCACUUUACAACUCAGAUCAGUGUGAAACAGAGGAGAGUUGAUGACUCCAAGACAAAAUAGGGAGAUUUAUCAUAACAGUUGCACAAUAUGUCAAAGUAGCACAGAGAUAAGGGAGUAAGCUAUAUGGAACAAUUACUAGACGGAGCUUUCAGUUAGGAGAAGAAAAUCAAUGCAAUUUUUUAACAAAUAUGUGUAAUAUUAGGGUUGGUGGUCUUCUAUUUGUAGUCUGAUGUCAAACAUCAGGUUUUUAUGGCUUUGUUUUAUUUAGUUCGGUUGAUAUUGAGAUUGAUUGUCUUUGAUGGAGCUGACUCAUAACCUGAAGAUGGUUCAAAGUUCACACUAUUCAAAGGGUUUGCUCUUCCCUGGGCAUGCGUGUGUGGAGCCAUCUAAUUUGAACUACUCUUGAGACUUAAAUUGCAAAACCAUACAAUCCCAGUUUUCCUAUUUUUCCUUUCAAUAUGUAACUCAUACCAGCAAAUGAUUGUCUACAUUGAAAUGACAUCAGUAUUUUCAGUCUGAAUAGAAAACCUAAGCAUUAACACAAAGUAUGGUGUCUUAAGUCUAAAUUAUGUUUUCAGUUUAGAAUACGCAAUGUUAAUACUGUAGGUAACUGAAAGUUGACUGUAAUAGCAUUUAUGACCUUCUGGUGUGCAGAACCCAUUUAAUUCCCUUCUCUACAUCUUAAAAGGUGAAGCUGUAAACCAUAUUGACAUAAAAUAUUCAAAUAAGUUUGCAUUUCUAACACUUUAAGACAUGUAUAUUCUGCUUUAUAUGUAUAAAUUAAAACCUGACAGAUAUUGUAGCCUAUUGCCAGAUUAUAUAUUUGUGUACGAACUGAAACCAAAAACCACUAAUUUUUCCGAUUUUUGUUUUAUUACAAUUUCAAAGUGAUUUGAGUUAUGCUUAUACAAAAUAAAUGCUUUAUUGUAAUUAGUUCUCUUAAAUAUAUCACGGCCAGUAAAAUGAAUUUAUUUGUUCUGUUGUCAAAUAGAGCAGUCAACAGUUGUGGCUAUUUAUUCAUUUUUAUCAGAAGAGCUUGUAAAACACAGAAUGAAUUUGGGCAACUUGGAAUUUUACUGCAUUGACAAGUAUUUACUUUAUGACACAGCGGGCUUCAUGCAAUUAUAGUUCUAGUCCUUUCGGGGUCUAUUUUCUUGUCAUUUUAAAUGAUAUGCGUAGUGACAACUCCCAAAUAUACUGAACAAAAAUAUAAACGCAACAUGUAAAGUGUUGGUUUCAUGAGCUGAAAUAAACGAUCCCAGAAAUGUUC